UCGUGCCCAUCCAGCCAACCGAGCAGAAGUCUCUUCAACGACUCAGUGAAUCCGCGACACAUCCUCGACAUGCAGCUGCUGCUUGUUCUCCUUCUAGGAGCCCUUAGUUUCUCCGCGGCCUAUCCGCGCAGCUACAGCUACGACUACCCCAGGAGAAGGCCCUCUCCGUACUCCUACAACACCGUCCAAUCGCCGAGCCAGCGGCAAUCGAGGCAGAGCAGUGCCACCAGUGGCACCAGUGGGGCCGCUGCUGCCACCAAAUCGGACACGGAAAAUGCCAAAUUUGCGGGCGCCUCGAACCAGGAACUCGACGAGUCCGUGGGCGAUGAGAGGACUUUGCUGCUCAAGAAGAAGCUCCGCAAGUUGGCGCGUCCUUACUUGGGCUACGGCGGAUAUGGUGGAUAUGGUGGUUAUGGAGGAUACGGUGGAUAUGGUGGGGGAAAUCCCUGCUCACCCUUCGGACGUGAUGCCAAGGGCAGCCAGAAGGACCCGGACGAGCAGGGACGUUUCCUCUUCGAUGUGAAUGUGUACAAAGUUUAUCAGGGAGGAUGUCGCAACUACGGCGGUGGUUAUGGCGGUGGUUUUGGUGGUGGUCUUGGCGGAGGUCUUCUCUCAGAUCCCAUACCACCACCGGUGGUGCCCUACCCCGUGCCAGUCCGUCCGUAUGCUCCGUUUGCCACGUGGCUGUCGCUUUUCGCUCCGGGUGUGCUUGGAGCCGCGACUGUACCCGGUGUACCCCUCUCGGAUCCCAUUCGUCCUGCUUCGGCUGCGGGUGAUUUACAGAGCGAUCCUGCCGUGGAUCCCAGCUAUGCAGCGCCUCCAGUGCGCCGACCCGUGCCCAAUCGUGUCUACUACGAUUCAGCUGGAGCGCCGCCUGUGACGCCUGCGCAACUGGUGGGCGGCGUAGCCACCACUGUGAAUGGGAUCAUCCAACAGCUGACCGGACAGGUACAGCCAGUCUACCAAACGGGCUCCUAUCGCUCGAGGAAUCAGCUCAGCAGCUACGGAUAAGCUUCAGCAGACGAUCCAAUCCGACCCAUUCCUACUAUGUAUAGAGAUGUAGUUAAAAUGUGAUUACGAGUAUCGCUUAGGAAAUAAAUAUAAGAAC